AUGCAGCCUCAUGGUGAAGUCUACCUUGUUGUAACGUACCCCUUCCUGAUGAGAGACCUGGCCAAUGGGCCACUCUCCAAGCGGGCCUGGGUUCUUCAAGAACGGAUACUAUCUCCGAGGACUCUCCACUUUGGCGCGGACCGGGUCAUCUGGGAGUGCGAAACCGUAGUAUUCAACGAGCUGCGGCCCCGUAAUUUCUGGACCAUCAAUUCCCAAGAGGGAUCCUUGACGCCUUUCACCAUUCCCAACCCGUCCACUUUCUUCACUCGCAACCCCGGGAACAAAGAGGAUGUCCUCGAUUAUUGGAGGAUAACACUGGUACCAGAGUACACCAACCGGCAGCUCUCGCACCCAAACGAUGACAAGCUGGUCGCCAUCUCGGCCAUCGCCCGGCAGGUCGGAGAGCUGCUCCAAGAAGAUUACGCCGCAGGGCUGUUCCGAGAUAGCUUCCUGGCCCUACUCCUCUGGCACUGCGGCCCGUCAGCUAAGCGACAGACUACUUACAGAGCGCCCAGUUGGAGCUGGGCAAGUGUCGACGGCAGCAUCCGCUACAUCAACAACGACGCGCUCGUUUCAAGCGUCCUCGACGUUCAAAUGGAACUCGUUAGCGCGUCAGACCCAUACGGACAGGUGCGGUCGGGAUCGGCUACGAUCAAGGGCCCGCUCACCCGGUGCAUCUGGUAUCCAGAACGCGAUCCCGCUCUGAACAUUGAGUUCCCUGACGUUGCUCGCCCGUCCGGAAUGUUCGUUACAGGAAGAGCCAUCUUCGAUGAUGAUGAGGAGAUGCGGAGUUUUGGGAGAGAGUUUUCUGCACUGUUCAUUGAUGACUGGCAGGGGCUACUUAUUUCCAAGGUAGAUGAGCAGAACGUGUUUCGACGCGUGGGAAUUUUCUGGCAGAGUUGGAGGAGGGCAGCUCGAUGUCAGGAGAUUGAGAUGGAGGAACUCAGCAAUGAGGUUGUUCAAAUCAUCUAA